CACUUCUUGGCUAACAUCCAAAAAUAUAAUAAUUGCUUCCAAAUGACAUCGUUUGGUGCAACGCAUAUAGUACAAGACGGGUUCAUGCCUACUUUCAAGGUAGUAUACCAUAAUUGUUUUAGUGAAAUUCUAAUUUGUAUUUGUAUCACAAUUAAUUUAACCAGUUCUUAAACAAUUACAGAUACAAGGACAAAUUCAUCACCUACUGGGGGCAAUGCUGCCAGUGCCAGAUGCAGAUCAUAAAUUUUUGCAAAUUUAUUUUAUGGGCAAUCAAGAUGUGGAAGUUGAUACACGUUGUGGUCAUAAUCCAACCGUCAAGCGAAUCAUUGUCCAACAACUGCAAACAUUUCUUCACGAGAAUAAUGAAUUAGUGAAGAUGUUCAAAAUGGCACUGGAUCGGAUGCCAUCAGACAGCCAUAAUAUUGUAAUAAGAGCCGACAAAACACCUGCUGGAGAGCAUGCAAGGAGGUUUAAUUCACCGACAAUAGAUGAAGUGGCUAUUGUCGUUGUUGGAGAGAAUUUGCAAUCAAGAGAUAUUGUACUUCAUCGCCGGAACAAUGAAUUGAAACGUGUAUAUGAAACGCAUAGAGCUUAUGAUGCUUUACAAUACCCAUUAAUUUUCUGGCAGGGAGAAGAUGGGUACCAUUUUAAUAUCAAAAUGGUUAAUCCAACAACAGGUGCUGAUACACACAAAAAAGUCAGUGCCAUGAAUUAUUAUGCAUACAGACUCAUGAUCCGUGAAGGUGAAGUAAAUCACAUUUUGAUGUGUCAACGGCUCUUUCAUCAGUAUGCAGUGGACAUGUACGUCAAAAUUGAGACUGAAAGAUUGACAUACAUCCGUCUUAACCAACAGCAGCUUCGAUCUGAAGAGUACAUUCAUCUUCGCGAUGCAAUCAAUGCUGACGGCAAUGUAAAUAAUGUAGGAAGAAUGACAAUUUUACCGGCCACUUACAUCGGAAGCCCGCGCCACAUGCACGAGUACGCUCAAGAUGCGAUGUCUUAUGUUCGAAAGUAUGGCCGUCCAGACCUAUUUAUUACAUUCACCUGUAACCCACAAUGGAUUGAAAUAAAAAAAGAACUGCUACACAACCAAACACCACUUGAUAGGCAUGACAUCACAGCCAGAGUUUACAAGCAAAAAUUAAAAUCUUUAAUGAAUUUCAUUACAAAGCAUCGUGUGUAUGGCCAAGUACGUUGUUGGAUGUACUCUGUUGAGUGGCAAAAGCGUGGUUUGCCACAUGCUCAUAUAUUAGUCUGGUUGGUUGACAAAAUAAGGCCAGAAGAAAUUGAUUCCAUUAUUUCAGCCGAAAUUCCUGAUGAAACGGUUGACCCAAAAUUGCAUACGAUAGUAACUAAACACAUGAUACAUGGACCUUGCGGAGUUUUCAACAACAGCUCACCCUGUAUGAUCGACGGCAAGUGCUCCAAACGGUACCCGAGAAACUUGCUUGCUGAAACCAUCUCGGGAAUCGAUGGUUACCCAUUGUAUCGUCGGCGAUCAGUUGAGGACGGUGGACGAUCUGUAGAUGUCAAGAUAAAAGGACAAGAUUUUCAUGUAGACAAUCGUUGGAUUGUGCCGUUCUCGCCCAUAUUGUCCAAAACUUUUGAAGCUCACAUCAACGUGGAAUUUUGUAACUCUGUGAAAUCCAUAAAGUACAUAUGUAAAUAUGUUAACAAAGGUAGCGACAUGGCCAUGUUCGCAGUAACAAACACAAAUGAUGAAGUGUCUCACUAUCAGAUGGGUCGCUAUGUAAGCAGCAAUGAGGCUAUUUGGCGCAUAUUUUCGUUUGCAAUUCAUGAAAGACAUCCCACUGUAUUGCAUUUGGCAGUUCAUUUAGAAAAUGGACAACGAGUGUAUUUCAACCCAAACAACGCUGUGGAUAGAGCGGCACGUCCACCUGUGACCACAUUGACAGGUUUCUUCUCAAUUUGUGCAACUGAUCAAUUCGCUCGCACUUUGCUGUAUGCUGAUAUGCCGCGCUACUACACAUGGAACGCAUCAUCAAAGUCUUUUCAGCGUCGUAAACAAGGAACACCACUUGAAGGAUAUGAAAAUGUAUUUGCCACAGAUGCUAUAGGCCGUAUAUAUACAGUACAUCCUAAUAACGAUGAAUGUUAUUAUCUUAGAUUGUUAUUGGUGAAUGUUCCUGGUCCGACAUCUUUUCAACAAUUGCGAACAGUUGAUGGACAUCUGUGUGCGACUUACCGUGAGGCGUGUCAAUUAUUACGGUUGCUUGAAAACGAUUCGCAUUGGGAUGAUACGCUCAAGGAUUCCGUGAUAUCUUCAUCGCCGCAUCAAAUUCGCACACUGUUUGCGAUUAUAAUAUCGACAUGUUUCCCCUCAAAUCCGAAUGAUUUGUGGAUGAAAUAUAGGGAUGACAUGUCUGAGGAUGUGUUGCAUCGCGUGCGUUGUGAAACUUUGAAUCCUACAUUGGAAAUUACGGCAGAGAUUUACAAUGACACAUUGAUCAUAAUAGAAGAUAUGUGUUUGUUGAUGGCAAAUAAAGUAUUGUCGUGUUUGGGCCUGACAGCACCCAAUCGUGCUAUGCAAGAUGCAUUAAACCAUGAGUUGCAAAGAGAACUCCAGUACGAUACUCAAGCUAUGACCGAAGCAGUUCGCACAACUGUUCCGCAAUUGAACGAAGAACAAAGGAUUGCGUACGAUCGUUUAACACAAGCUGUAAACAGUGGGUCUGGGGGGAUUUACUUUCUUGAUUCUCCUGGGGGUACUGGGAAAACGUUCCUAAUUUCAUUGCUAUUAGCAAAGAUCCGAUCGCAAAAUGAGGUAGCCCUAGCGUUGGCUUCAUCUGGAAUAGCAGCAACUUUAUUAGAAGGCGGACGAACUGCACAUUCAGCCUUAAAAUUACCAUUAAACAUGCAUAUCAACGAAACGCCAGUUUGCAACAUUGCCAAAAAUAGCGCUAUGGCGAAGACUCUCCAAGUAUGCAAAUUGAUAAUUUGGGACGAAUGCACAAUGGCCCACAAGAGGUCGCUGGAGGCACUAGAUAGGACGUUAAAAGAUUUACGUGAUAACCAAAACAUUUUUGGUGGAGCUAUGAUACUGUUGUCAGGUGAUUUUCGUCAGACUCUUCCAGUAAUUCCUCGAUCGACUGUUGCUGACGAAAUAAACGCAUGUCUAAAAUCAUCAAAUUUGUGGCGGCACGUAAAGACACUACAAUUAACUACUAACAUGCGAGUGUUUUUGCAACAAGAUCAAACUGCGACUGUGUUUUCGAAGCAGUUGCUGGAUAUUGGCAAUGGUAAGGUCGCAGUUGACAGCUCGACCGGAUUAAUGACUUUUCCCACAGAUUUCUGUCACUUCACAGAAUCGAAAAAGGAGCUUAUUCAGCGUGUUUUUCCGGACAUUAAACAACAAUAUAAUAACCACGAUUGGCUAAGUGAACGAGCAAUAUUGGCAGCAAAAAACAAAGAUGUCGAUGAUCUCAAUGCUACCAUUCAGAAUUUCCUUCCAGGAGAGUUGUUUACGUACAAAUCAGUUGACACGGCCACAAACCAGGAUGACGUAGUCAACUAUCCUACAGAAUUUUUAAAUUCAUUGGACUUGCCUGGACUACCACCAUAUAAUUUGAAAUUAAAAGUAGGGUCAGUUGUCAUCAUGCUGCGUAAUAUUAAUCAACCUCGACUUUGCAAUGGAACGAGAUUGGUUGUGAAGAAACUCAUGAAUAACAUCAUCGAAGCUAAAAUAAUCAAAGGAAAAUACAAAGGAGAGGAUGUCUUAAUCCCACGAAUACCUAUGAUUCCAACGGAUUUGCCAUUUGAUUUUAAGAGGUUGCAAUUUCCCGUGCGUCUGGCGUUUGCGAUGACCAUAAAUAAAUCGCAAGGCCAAUCGUUGCAAGUUUGCGGAAUAAACUUAGAGUUUCCCUGUUUCGCACAUGGACAAUUAUACGUUGCGUGUUCGCGUGUCGGAAAACCAACAUCCUUAUUUAUUUACGCACCGCAAAAAAAAAAACUAAAAAUAUUGUCUACCAGAAAGCACUAUAUUAAUUAACUGUAUAUGAUCAUAACUGUGUUGUAUUUAAUUUAAGCAAAGAUUUGUUUAUCAUGUUCACAGUCCAGAAACGAGCACAUCCAAGAAAAUUUUAAAUUUUUGUAUAUGAAGUGUAUAAAUAUAAAUAAAUGACUUAAUAUGUAUAUAAUAUGUGCAUUUGGAUCCUUAAUGUCAACGUGUAUUAGUAACUCUUUAUUUCCAUCAACUUGGCUCCAUCUACUUGGGAACCACUUGGCUCGCCAGGACAUGAUAAUAUGGUGGAAGUACUAGGCGACUCGGACAAAUCUGAUUCGAUCAGAACAUUAUCAAUGUUGAGCUGCUGGCUGUCUUCAAUAACAUCAAUAUCUACCAGAACAUUCUUGAUGUUGGGCUUUUGGCUGUCUUCAAUAACUUGAAUGUCCUGUAUGUCUUCGGCCGAUAAAUUUAAUUCACAGAAUGUCUCCUCAGAUGAUGAAGAUGGCAUUGUAGAAACGUGUUUUGGUUUAGAUAGCAGCUUUUGCUUUAAUAUAUUUUUUUGUACUUUUGCCCUGUUCACGCGUAUUAUUCGUUCUACAUUCUUACCACACUUGGUACAAAAUCUGAAGGUAACAGCGAUUAUGUUGUAGCAUUCGUCGCAUCUUAAUAAUAAUUUAAUACAAUCUGGACAGUUAUUAUUUUUUUUCUGCCGUUCCAUCCACUUUUUACAAAACGGACAAUGCAUUUUAAGGAGUUGAGGGAUA